AUGCUGGGAACUGGGCGGCUGUGGAUUUUGUUCACUCUUCUCUAUGAUGUGAAUGGACAAGGUAAAAAAGAUGGUCAAAAGUCCAUUGUGGAAGCAAAUUUGAAGACUAAAGUGGAUAGUUCAAGUGACUUCUUUCCUUAUAUCAUUCGGGCAGAGUUAGAACUUCUGAAAUUCGAUACGGGGAAGCCGUCCUACAGACAACCUGGCUUUGCAAAAUUGUACAGGAACCUUUUUGGAAAUUUUUUCAUGUACUUAUAUCCACCGGAGUUCUGCGAGGCGAUAUACCUCUGCAUUUUCGAUCUUCCUCAACUUACAAAAAAAGGACUUCAAAGUCUUGACUUGAAGACGGCGUGCGACACAUCGUUGAGAUUUCUGACAAGGGAGCAGACAGUCUAUAACGUUAAAGACGGCAAAGCAACACCAUAUGUUUAUAUGCUACCAAAAGCAUCGUUCCAUACAAAGGGUCAAGAUCAACAGAAAUACUUUUUCGAGGCUUUCAAUGAUUUCGAUAAUGAAAACGUGGAAGAUGAGAAAUUCGGUCGUGUAAAGAUCGAGUUUGACACGGAAAAUAAGAGCGCUCUGCUUUUAUCGUCAAGUCCGUACUGUCACACCCUCCUUCUUCGUCACCGCUCUGAACCGGUUCCUCUUGAAAUUGUCAAGUUCGAACCAAAUGUGGAUCUAUCCGAGUUUUAUAAAAUAUUCUCAAACAAGAAACAUACACCUUACAUUGUUACUAACACAAUCCAAGGAUCAUUGGAGAAGAACAAACUGGGUCGUUCAUUCUUGUUCGACACAGUCACGAAAGUAAAACUUUCCGAAGAGGACUGUUGCCCUACUCUCUAUCAAUAUGUCGGCUUUGUGGAAUCAGAUAGCUGGUUUGAGCAAGGUAUCAGGAUGAUUCUCACUGCCUACACACUUGAAAAGGUACCGCGUUAUCAAAAGAUGUGCCAAAGGGACAUGAAGACCCACACGUCUGCAUUACAAUCAUUUCGCGUCGAAGUUGGACCUAGUUGCCAUUGGCUCAGAUUAUGUUUUGACAAAAGCGACAAAUGGUGCGAAAAUGAAGGCAAUGCUCUCAAUAUGAUCUUUGCCCACGACGUGUUCAUUCCCACCGACUCCGAUCAGGCGAUAAUGUUCGGCGUUGAACGAAAGUAUAUGAGCGAAUUCCGUAUUAAUUUUCUUAUCGGCGAACCAGGAAUCACGCUGGCGUACGCCUUCACAUCUCCAAAUAAUCCUGGAAUAUCACACACCAUGCAACUUCAAUCGUACGCCGAUGUCUCUAUGGAUCCAACAAAAUUGAAGAUCCACGUUCUUAAGCCGAAGAACUGUCAAAGUCGCCUUCUGGGUGAUCUUGCCGACGUCCAUUUUGGUGUCAGUGUCGAUCCUCCUAUUCAGUGCAUCAACAAGCCGUCCAUAUUCGCCGUCGAUGUUGUUAAUGAUGAUAUCUUACCAAAAGCCGACAAACGAAGCGAAGAGCUCCCAGUUGGUGAUGCUUCUAGGAGUUCGCUUUAUUCUGGAGGAAAGCCUGGUACGGUAGCGCCAGGUAGGACGGGGUUGCAGGAGUCAUGUAGGCUACCAAAACGGAAAAGGACUAGGAUGGCGAUCUGUACUUGUAAUGCACGUACGCUUGCAUCCGAAGCGGCCAUCGAAGAUCUGAUGAUGCAAGCCAAAAAGAUCAAGUACGACGUCAUCGGACUGACCGAGACGAGACGACAUCACCCUCUCAACGCCGUAUAUGAAACUGGAGAAGAACUGUUCUUAGGAACAUGCGACAGUAGAGGUGUUGGUGGAGUUGGCGUCCUCGUCAACACGAGUAUGGCAAAGAACAUCGACUCUUUUGAACAACUUACGACCCGAAUCGGACGUCUGCGGAUGAGAAGAUGUGGCCCAACACCAGCUUUGACUAUCUUCGUCGUUUACGCUCCAACAUCAAGCUACGAAGAAGAAGAAGUCGAAGCUUUCUAUAUGGACCUGGAGAAGUUCUACCGAGAAGACCAUGCCUUCUACAAGGUCAUAAUUGGCGAUUUCAACGCCAAGAGAGAGAAAUCCAGGACUACCAUCAACUGGGAUCUCUUCGCUACGCUAACUGGCUUUUGGGAGGAUUCCGCAAUGGGCAACAUCGACGAGGAAUAUGACCGGCUUGUCGAACACCUUCACGACUGCGCGAAGAAGGCUGAGAGUUUUAAAACCACCAGGAGGCACCUGUCUCUUCAAACUCUUGAGCUGAUACGCCAGCGUGGAGCAGCACGAGCCGCAGGAACCAGAACUACGUCCGAGCUCGCAAGGCUUUGGAGGGCGAUAAAGGAAGACCUUAAAGAGAGAAGAGAAAAGUGCUGGCUAAGCUGCGAGGCGGGGAAAAGCAUCCGCUAUGCCCGUCGAGACUUCGCCAGUCGCAAGACGAGGAUGACUGCUCUCCGGAACCCAAAGGGAACAGAAAUUGCAUCGAGAAGGGGGAUGGAGAAAAUCAUCUACGACUUCUACUCUGAUCUCUUCGACAGCCAUGUCCACUUGCCUCCUCACCAUCUGAGGGAAGAUGGACGAGUCAUUCCAGAGGUUCUCCCGUCCGAAAUACGACAUGCUAUCAUGUCGGUAAGAAAUCGUACGGCACUCGGUCCCGACAGAAUAAGACCAGAACACCUGAAGAGCCUUCCGCCAGUACUCAUCAUACGUUAUCUGUCGGAUUGCAAGGUUACUAAACAGUGA